CCUGGCACAAGGAAAGCCACAAUGGGAGACCUGAGCCGCCUAGAUAUGGACAAAGAUACUCUUUUGAGCAGAUGGCGGCACUUGACCAGGUACCACAUGCACGGCUCCAAUAGUUCGGACGCAGGAGCCUUUCACCAUGAAAAACUGAAGGUAUUCAUGUGGGCUGUGGAUGUGGAUAUGUUGGGCUUUGAGGAAUUUGUGGAUCAAUGUCGCCAGGAGAGCUUCCCAGAUCUCUGUGCAGACAAGAUUCCAGAGACAUGUACUGCCCCUGCACGAAAAAGACUUGGAUCCGUAUCUUCGGGCACCGACAUUGACAAGAUCAGAAAGUGUGCAACCUUGGUGGUCCAGUUGUGAUGCAUCUCGAGGUGUUAAACUGGAGGUGUCGUUGGUGCAAACCGUGACUCCUACACCAUUUUCGCCGCGGCUGUGCACAUGGUGUCCGCGGCAUUUUUGUGGAAACUGAGGUAGUUCCUUCGCCUGGGAAGGCUUUGAUUCUUCUUCAAUGCCACCAAAAUGGCAACAACAGCUGAAACCAUAUAGAAUCACAGCAGAUUGGUAAGGAUUUCCAAUCAAUGCAGAUUCCCAUAACCCGCUGGCUCCUAUAUAAGUUCGUGAAGGGGACAGCACAGGGGGCGGCUGAACUGACCUGUCAGAACAUUGUACCGGAGACUUUCGAUGAAUUUCUU